AUGGUAGCAACAUUCUCACCGCAUCGCGAUGCGGGCGGCACACUGCACUUGCCCUCACACUCAGGCAUCCAUCACGUUGAUGCAAGCUCCGCAAUCAGACAGUUGCGCCGGUCACUAUCGCGAUCCCCUUCGAAGAGCUCCAAUUUCACAAUUCUCGCGUCUCGGAGCCACUCGCCAUCGAAAAGCACGCCAUUUAUCUCGUCCCCUCUCUCACCAUCGCGACGAUCUACACAGAACAACUUUGUACUCUUCCCCAGUACAUCUCAUCCAUCUCCGUUCGCUCUUCCGUACCCGCCCAGCGCCAAAAUCACAAGACCUGUCAUGCGGCGGGCGCGAACAUCACCGCGCAGUCCCGUCAAGCGCGCCCUCAACAUCUCAACAGACCAAGGGAAUGCCAAGCCUGCGCAGCCGGCUCCGAUCAUGGCAUUAUCUCCAGUCGGCGCGGAGAACACACCCGCGACUCCAGCACUUGACUUACAGUCUAAUGACAAUGUCUCUGACGGCACGGGCUUGAACGAGGCUUCGACUUGCGCAGAAAACACGCCUGCACCGCGGCCAACACUGUCGAGGAUCGAGAAACGACGCAGUGGAACUUUUGGUUCAUUUGCUACCGUAAGCCCGUUAAAACGUAGUGACGGGAUUAUGAACCUCGACCGAGCAUCACGAGGCAGUCCCUCGGCCAAGAGGCGAAGUGUUCAUGCCGCCAACUACCCCGGCGAAUUCAGUAUCUUCGACAACGAGGGCCCCUCCCCCAGCACUGUUGAAGAUUUUGCUGCAGAAACUCCAGCUGUCACUGAUACGCCAUCUUUCCCUUCACCUGUUCCGCCUUUCGGGAGCCCGUUCAACACGAUUCCCAAACGUUCAUCAUCUCUCCGUCGAUCGACACUACAACAACGCCAAACCGACCGCUCUCUUUUCUCCCGACCCAGAAAUAUAGGCGACACAGCUGAGACGACGGAUCCAGGUUCUCCCAUGACCGUGCGGCCGCGCAUGUCUCUGGAUGGUAACCUCUUCCAGCCGAGCCGCGAGGGUCUCUUCUCUCCGCGACCUGCACCAGUCAGCCCUCUCUUCUCAUCACAUGGCGCCGCGGGUGCAGGACAGGUGCGUCCUGCAGCGCAUCCUCUUUCCAGAACUAUUACACAGUCCUCGUCCAAUUCAAGCUUGGCAGACGACUCGCCUACCCAUGAGCCCAUGCAUAAGUCCGAGCGGCCGCGCGGCGUCUUCGAUUUCUCCAAAUCCCUUCCUGCGGGUGCGACACGCCCUGGUGCCGUACGACACCUAAAUCGUGAGGACUCGACAUCGUCCGUCGACUCGUUUGCGACACCGGAGAAUUACAAGCUGGUCAAGCCUCUGCCGGCCGCAUUCAUGUCAACGGGUCUAAUCUCGAAGAAGAAUCGUAAUGCAGAAGAUCACCAGAACAUACUCGGUUUCAACAAGAACAUGCCUGAUACCCCCUGCAAGCGACCCAUCAAUCUGUUCCCCACGGGGCAGAAGCCGAUGCCCGAGUGGGAACGCCCUCGAUUGAUGCCACAAGCAGAUGUCGUCCCAUCCCCCUCCCCGUCCCAUCCCCCCAGCGCCGCGUCCGGAUCUUUCGCAAGGGGCAUGGGUAUCUUUGGGAACUCAUUUAAGAAGCCAGACCUCUCGCGCCGAGGCAGCUUCGUGAGUGUGGACGGUGAUGAGCUGACACAGUCUCAGUCACCUUGCGCUCAGCCUGACAGUCAGCCAUUGAGUGAAUAUGAUCUUCCACCGACUCCAACGAAGCAAACUUUCUUCCCCUCUAGAACCUAUCCGCCGGCCACGCAGCAGAUUGCAUCCUUGGAACGACUAUCCGAAGCACUCGGAAACAACUCGAGUCCUUUACAUGACAGGUUCCAGCGGGGUUCCCCUCGCACCCCUCAGGAUCACCUGUUUCCCCCAGAUCCCAGCGGUCUGUCCAUUUCCGCACACAACGACCAGCACCCGCUCCAGCCGGACUUCAACUCUUCUAACUUGCCAGCAACUCCCACUGGCCCACGUGAUUCUUUCAUGCAAUCGGGAAAGCGACCUAGCCUCUCAUUGAGCGGGUAUCACGCCCCGGAUGUGGACCCAAGCUUGACUUCCCGCUUUGAACAGGUGGAGCUUGUGGGAACCGGCGAAUUUUCCCAGGUCUAUCGCGUGGCCCAGGCUCAUGAAAUGUCACUAUCAUCCAUAUUCUCUCUCCCAAAUGGGGCCAAGUCUCCUGGGGCGCUGCCUGCACGGGUGUGGGCAGUCAAGAAAUCGAAACAGCCGUAUGCCGGCCUGAAAGACCGUGAACGCCGCAUCCGUGAGGUGGAUGUACUGAAAGCCCUCACCAACUCGGACCAUGUGAUUUCGUUCGUCGACAGUUGGGAAGAUAGCGGUCAUCUGUACAUUCAGACGGAAUUUUGCGAGGAAGGUAGCCUGGAUGUGUUCCUUGCCCAGGUUGGCCUCAAGGCGAGAUUGGAUGAUUUCCGGAUUUGGAAGAUAUUGUUAGAAUUGUCCUUGGGUCUGAAGCACAUCCAUGAUUCCGGCUUCAUCCAUCUUGAUCUCAAGCCGGCAAACAUCCUUAUUACCUUUGAGGGUGUCCUGAAGAUUGCCGACUUUGGCAUGGCAACGAGAUGGCCUGCGGAAGAUGGCAUAGAGGGUGAAGGAGAUCGCGAGUACAUCGGUCCUGAGAUUUUGAUGGGCCGCUUCGAUAAACCUGCGGAUAUAUUCUCGCUGGGCCUGAUAAUGUUCGAGAUUGCGGGCAAUGUGGAACUUCCUGAUAAUGGUCUCUCAUGGCAGAAGCUUCGGAACGGUGAUAUGAGUGAUGUGCCUAGCUUGACCUGGAGCUCCGAGACCAGCAUCUUCCGUGACGCUUCCGGAAAUCCCAUCUCGGAGGAGCCGUCAUUCGAGGAACUCUGCGCAUCGGACUUGGGCGAUGACGAUUUUGGGGAAGAUAGUUUUCUGAACAGCCGCCCUCAUCAGGCAGUGCCUCUGGCGCGCAGUGGGGAGCUGGUCAAUCCUCCAAGCUUCAUGAUCGAUGCAAGCCACGAACAAGCCUUGGACAAGAUCGUCCGGUGGAUGAUUUCCCCCGAUCCUUCUGACCGACCCACAGCGGAUCAGGUUCUCGCAACCCAUGGGGUCCAAUUCGUAGAACGUCGACGUCGUGCUGGGGCCACAGUCUACGAAGGCAACUGGGGCCCUGCAGACGAGAUCCUGGCUGAAGAUGCCGAAAUGAUCGACGUGUGA